AUGAUGAAAAUGAUUAUCAUUACAAAUUUAAAUGAUCGUUGUUAUGCAUUGGAACAAGAAUUUCAAAAGCUUGCUGUUAUUGUACCGACUAUACCAAAAGAUCAAUGCCUUUCUGAACUUGAACUUAUUGAAUUCGUAAUUGCUUAUAUUCGACAAUUACAACAAGUACUUUCACAUGAUCAACGAAAUGAACAUACCAGUAAAUUAACAUCGUCUAUCAAAAGUUCUAUUUUACCCUUACCCCUAUUAUCACCGCAUUCAUGCAAACAAGUCAUAUUUCUACCAUCACGAAUACAAACAAACGAAAGCUCUUCGAAAAUGUGCUGUACUCCACUUGUUUCAAUCGAUACAGAUAAUUCUAGUUAG